AUUUGGACGACCAAGGUGAUUUAACAACCUAAGAAAACCUCAUCGGUCUAUUUUUGUGAUCAUAAAUUUCAUUAUGUGCAGCAUGUGUUUCUGAAACAAUGGGCGUUUUGGAAAAUAUUUAAUAAAAUAUGCAUAUUUUGUUACACAAAACAUAUUUUUGCAAUGUGCUUUUCAUACGAAACGUAACGUUCGUUAAUUGAGUUUCAGCAUACCGUCAGGGACGUUUUAAUUUUGCCUGAUAUUCCUCAUUCACUUUAAUUGGAGCGGCAAUGUUUUGCCCUCAACACGCGCUGUCCAGGCUUACUUCCGGGACUUCACAAUCUUAGGUAAACUGAAGGGGUGCCUGUUCAGUGUGCGUGUCUAUGCUCCGCACGGGCGCACUAACUUCCUGGAAACGUUAGCAGUUUUAUGCUAGGCAAGCUGCUGUCUAAGCAAAAGGAACCACGAUGUUGCGAAUAAGAAGUCAAGUUAAAUUUUGUGCAAUGGCAUUUUCUGCCGCUCGAAUGUUUACCACUGGACCGCCAGCCAACAACCCAGUUGUCUACUUUGAUAUCGCAGCAGACAACAAGCCCCUCGGGAGAGUCACCUUCGAACUAAAUGCAGAUGUUGUGCCAAAAACUGCAGAGAAUUUCCGGGCACUCUGCACGGGAGAACACGGCUUUGGAUACAAGGGGUCGACAUUCCACAGAGUGAUUCCGAGUUUCAUGUGCCAGGGUGGCGACUUUACUAAUCAUAACGGAACUGGGGGCAGAUCUAUCUAUGGACCCCGAUUCCCCGAUGAGAACUUCAAACUGAAGCAUACUGGACCAGGUGUGCUGUCGAUGGCAAAUGCCGGUCCAGAUACAAACGGGUCCCAAUUCUUCAUCUGCACGUCCAAAACAGAAUGGCUGGACGGCAAACACGUGGUGUUUGGCAACGUGAAGGACGGGAUGGACGUGGUGAAGCAGGUGGAGUCCUUCGGGUCCCGGUCCGGCAGCACCUCCAAGAGGAUCACCGUCAUGGAGUGCGGGGAGCUCAAGUAGCGCAACGUGGUUCUGGCAGAAUCGCAUCAACUGUGAAUUUAACAUAAAUCAGGAAAAAAUACAAACCGUGAAUCUCUUUUAGUGUGUAGUUCAGGUGUGCACGUGAUCCAGGUUGUCUAAGGUGCACUGAUUUGCAUUCCCUGUGUGUGUAAAAAUGAUUAAAAUGUGACACUGUUGGUUUAUGGGGAAGGGGGUGGGGGUGGUCAUGAUUGAAUCAGAUGAAUAUAAAAUGAACUAUUUCUGUGUUCCACUUUAAAGGGCUUGUCUUUGCUCAUCCUUGGUAGGUACUAAUAGUGAACAUGCACAUUGCUGUGGAACAGGUGUGCAAGAUUGGCAUGAGAUUGCUUCUUUUUUUUUGUAGACUGCAGAAAUAUGUCAUGGACUUCUGUUCGAAUUCACAUAGGACCUGAGCAUGUUUACUGUAAUUGACAGUGGCAUCUGGAAUUAAACUUUGCAUUCAACUUU